CAGUCAAAGCACUCCCGCGCUGCGAGGCGGGCAGCGUCGCCGAGUCUCGAUGUCGAUAAGUCCAUCACCACUCUGCCGCGGGCUCAGGAAACUACAGUACAACGGGAGUCGAUUCUCUCGGAACGCGCAAAUUCGGGCAUCACGAAGAAGCAAUCAAAGAGCAAGGCCAAAACCAGAGCACAGCGCUUAAGACAACAGAAGGGCGUGGAAAGAGCAGAGGCGGUGGUUGAUCAGCUGGAAAAGAAGGUCACCAAGAGUGCUGGCCGAGCCAAGGCUAUCAAGAACCGUAGGGCUGACUGGGAGGAUACGAACCGCAAAGCGAAGACGGUGUUUGAAGCCCUCAACGACGAGGCCGAGGAUAACAUGGAUGAUGACAUGAUGGACGAUGCGGCACCUUCUAAACCAGCGAAACGAGUGUUGAAGCCGGCCGCCGUUGUCCAGACUCCCGUCGUGGAUGAACAUGCAGACAUUGACGUGGACGACGUUAUCACCUGA